AGAGAGGCACAGGCGGCGGCGGCUGCUGCUGCGAGAGGAGCCCGGCGAUUGCGCGCCGCUGCGAAGUGUUUUGCAGCCUUGGGGGACGCGCGCGCACACUCCCUGGCUGGCGCUCCAGCGCACAGGGCUCUUCCUCGCAAAGUUUCGCCUGCCAUUGCACGCCAGGAUUCUCCUGCUCCUCUCCGCCGCUGCAACCUUGAACUUUGGCAACGUGGUUGACAGUACCGUGGUGUAUUGUCCCGCUCGCAGCUUCUCCAAAAGCACUUUGCAAAUUGGGGAGUGGAAAAAAAAGGCAGCGCGAGGGAGGAAAAAGUCCUUUUUCUUCUUCUCCCCCUCAAUUCCCUGCAUUCCCUUCAACCCCCCCUCCAGUUCCCCCCCCCCCCCAAUCAACCAGCACCAACUGCAGCAGCAGCAAGACCGAGCCGCCGAGAACAAGAGGGUUAAAAGUGUAGAUUGGAUUUCACCCCGGGAAAUCUAGCGCUCGCAGUGAACUUGAAUCUUUGGCUAUUUAAGGAGGACUGGGGGGGGGUUUGCUGCGAAGUUGUGGCGGUCCGAAGCGGAGCUCGCUCCCGACCAAACUUCGUCUUUUCUUCAGCCGCCGAUGACUGUAAAAUGAACAGAUGAAAUCGCUGCCCUUUUGAUCCUUUUUUCUCCGCAGAAGUGCGUUCUCAGAGCGAAGUCAUGAUGUAUUCUCCCAUCUGUCUCACUCAGGAUGAAUUUCACCCAUUCAUUGAGGCCCUUCUUCCACAUGUCCGUGCAAUCGCCUAUACUUGGUUCAACCUCCAGGCUCGGAAACGCAAGUACUUUAAAAAACAUGAAAAGCGAAUGUCAAAGGAUGAGGAAAGAGCAGUCAAGGAUGAGCUACUUAGUGAAAAGCCUGAAAUUAAACAGAAGUGGGCAUCUAGGCUUCUCGCCAAGUUGCGCAAAGAUAUCCGCCAAGAGUAUCGGGAGGAUUUUGUGCUCACUGUUACUGGAAAGAAGCACCCAUGCUGUGUAUUGUCCAAUCCUGACCAGAAGGGUAAGAUUAGGAGGAUCGACUGCCUGCGGCAGGCAGACAAAGUCUGGCGUCUGGAUCUAGUCAUGGUGAUCCUUUUCAAAGGUAUCCCCUUGGAAAGUACAGAUGGAGAACGGCUCAUGAAAUCCCCCCAUUGCACAAAUCCAGCACUUUGCGUCCAGCCCCACCACAUAACAGUAUCAGUCAAGGAGCUUGAUUUGUUUCUGGCAUACUAUGUGCAGGAUCAAGAUUCGGGACAGUCGGGAAGUCCAAGCCACAAUGAUCCUGCCAAGAACCCACCAGUGUAUCUUGAGGAUAGUUUUGUAAAAUCUGGAGUCUUCAAUGUGUCAGAACUGGUGCGAGUGUCUAGAACGCCUAUAACCCAGGGAGCUGGAGUGAACUUUCCAAUCGGAGAACUUCCGAGCCAACCGUAUUAUCAUGAUAUGAACUCAAGUGUAAACCUACAGAGAUCACUGUCCUCUCCACCAACCAGUAAGAGACCGAAAACUAUAUCCAUAGAUGAGAAUAUGGAACCAAGCCCAACAGGAGACUUUUAUCCUUCCCCAAAUUCACCAGCUGCUGGAAGUAGGACAUGGCAUGAAAGAGAUCAAGAUAUGUCUUCUCCUACAAUGAAGAAGCCUGAAAAGCCUUUGUUUAGCACUACAUCUCCCCAGGAUUCAUCACCAAGAUUGUCCACUUUCCAGCAUCACCAUCCAGGAAUCCCCGGAGUUGCACACAGUGUCAUCUCAACUAGAACUCCACCUCCACCUUCACCAUUGCCAUUCCCACCACAAGCUAUUCUCCCUCCUGCCCCAUCUAGCUACUUCUCUCAUCCAACAAUCAGAUAUCCUCCUCACCUGAAUCCUCAGGAUACUCUGAAGAAUUAUUCUUAUGACCCGUCCAGUCCACAAACCAGCCAGCCUAACAGCAGUGGUCAAGUAGUAGGGAAAAUGCCUGGCCAUUUUACUCCAGUUUUGGCACCCUCUCCCCAUCACAGUACGGUGCGGCCUGUGACCCUGACCAUGACAGACACUAAACCCAUCAUUACAUCCACUGAAGGUGAGGCAUCUUCACCUACAGCAACCACCUACACAGCCUCAGGCACAUCACAAGCCAAUCGAUAUGUGGGACUAAGUCCACGAGACUCUUCCUUCCUACACCAGCAACAGCUGAGGAUUUGUGACUGGACCAUGAAUCAAAACGGCAGGCAUUUAUACCCCAGUGCCAAUGAGGAUACAUUGGGAAUUACUUGGCAAAGUCCUGGUACCUGGGCUAGCUUGGUCCCUUUUCAAGUAUCAAACAGGACACCAAUCCUGUCUACAAAUGUCCAAAAUUAUGGUUUGAACUUAAUUGGAGAGCCUUUCCUUCAAGCAGAAACAAGCAACUGAGGGAGAUUGAAACUGAGCAAAAUACUAUAAAAGAAAGGAAGACUGGACAAAACAAUAUAUGAACCUGAAGAAAGAAGAAACAUAGACCAGCAAUUGCAGCACUUACAAUCACUAAUUCCCUUAAGAUUGAAACUGUAAUGGCAUAAAAAAGGGUCGACGAUAUUUCACUGAUGAGUAGAAAGAUGUUCCUCCUACGUAGCCUUUGUUCUAUGAAGUCCACUGGGAAAUAGAUGUUCUGUCUCUGACAAUAUAUUUUAACUGACUUUCUAGAUGCCUUAAUAUUUGCAUGAUAAGCUAGUUUAUUGGUUUAGUAUACUUGUUGUUUACGCAUGGGAUCACUAUUCCUAGUUAGCUCUCAAAACAAAGGCUAGGAGGCAGCAGCAGAGCUGCAGGAGAAUAUGGGCUGUGAGCCAACUUUUCUCAGCAGUCUGAUUUCUAAUUUUUUUUUUCAAGGAAAAAAAGUAGCCUUUAGUUAUCAAUCCAAAUUUAUUUAACUUUGGCCCUUAACCCAGCCUUUCCUAGUGUGUUACCCAGUUUAAAAUGUUCAGUACAUCAUUUAAAUAAACAGGCAUUUUAUAGAAUUAAUACCUCACUUGAGGUUUUUUAAAAAAGUGUUAUCUUCUCAUAUGACAGUAAAAACAAAAAGAGAAAUACACUAAAAAAAAUUCCCCACUAAGGAAAACACUUAGAGGCAAGUGCAAUUUAAAAAUUAUAUCUAAGGGGAUCAUUGUUAUAAGUCCUUCAGCCCUUGGACUCUAAAUUGAGGGGAUUAAAAAAAAAAAGAAUUUCAAACAUAUUGGAGCAAAUUUAUUUUCCUCUCAGUUUUGAAGGGAGGGCAUUAAAAGGCAUUAAUUAAAUCAAGACAAAUCAUGUACUUGAGAAGAAGAAAUGAUUGAAACAGAGCACUUACGUUGAUUUAGCUUCUGACUCCUUUGAGGUAUUUUAUUUAUUUAAAGUUACUGGUUGGAUCAAGAACCCACAGAGGAUAUGGAAGGUUCUAUAAAACCUACAUCACAGAGACAGAGAGAGGUAAAUCCAUGUCACAAGGGCAAAGCUUAUGGUUUUUGGGGGGGGGGAAGGGGUAAAAUAUAUUUUUUAAAAAUGCACUCUUUCAAUAAAGCCUAAUGACAGGGUGCUGAAAACUUGCAUGGUGCUCUCAGAAAUUAGCCUUGUUUGACAGAUUUCGCAUAUCGACAGUAAUGUGCAUGGGCGGAUACAUUUUGCCUCUACGUCUCUAUAAAAAAAUUAAUUAAAACUACUCUAUCCAGUAAUCCUAAUUUGCACGAAGUUAUAAUGUCCACAUAACGUGCCUUGCCUUGAAAUCUAAAAAGUGACAUCACUACACUUGUUUUGCUGCAUUUAUUAUCAUUUUAAAUCUUUACCAUUUUUAUGACAAAAUAUUUUGUACUCCAGAUGGGAAAACAAAAAAAAAAUGUGACAUCAUGGAUUUUUUAAGCAGUUAUAACUUUAUCUCACAUUUAUAAUGCAUAUCAUGGCUGUGUAUAGUUGCCGCUUAAAAAUUGUAAUCGACCAGCAAUAUUUUCAGUAUUUUGGUGUUUUUUCUAUUAAUCUUUCAUGUUUUUCAUCUUCCAAUUAAUAUUGGGGGGAGGGGAUUCAAAUUUAUACGAAUUAUGCAAUACCAAGUUUUGCCUAUGUAGGUAGUGCUUUUAGCUGCAUUGGUUAUUAUAGGUAAGUACACAGAUUUAAAAAAGACAAAAGAUUAAUGUAUGCUUUUUUCGUUUGUUUGUUUGUUUGUUUUAAUUGACCAAAGUGGGUACUGCUAUUUUUGCAGUGUGAUGAGGUCCUUUUGUGUACUGAGAGAUGGACAGGGGAUUUUUUUUUAUACAUACAUAUAUCUAUAUAUUCUGGGGUGGGUGGGGAGGAUUUUUAACACUUGACAGUGUAGCUGUGAAGCAGGCAUCCUUGCCCGGGUGAGGGCUGCAAAGCGACUCUUCUGCCUGCUGUGAUAAAAAUCUCAACAAGGUGUCUUUUUAACUUUCCACCUGGGGUGCAAGCUGAACUCAUUUCUGGUUUUUUUAAAAAGUGGUAAAUAAAUACUAAUACUAUUAAAAAUAAUGAAUUUGUUGGAGGCAGACUUGACUUGAGGAAAUCUAUGCCCUCUUUUUUCAAUGUUGGGGUGUCAAGGCCCACAGAGAGCAACAGCCUUUGAAAAUAUUGCAAAGAUGUAUCAUUUUAAGCCAUAAGUAUAAAAUCGUAUCUUGAGGCGAGAGAAUCACUAUACAUGCCAGUAAAACAUUUGCCCUCUCGAGUCAGUUUUUCAUGCUAUGUUUUGUAUUGAAGCACAAAUACCCAAACACAAAAGGCACAUGAACUGAGAGUCAUUUCUGAAUGGCUUGGGGAUGCGUGUGUAUUCAUACAUAAUUACCUUUUACCAAUUACAUACGGAAACUGUUCACAUGGAAAGCAGCCGGCUCUGCCUGUUUAAAGCCCUAAAGGACUAUCUCCCGCAACUGUCUUUAUAGAGAAGAAUUCCAAUGAAAAACUGAAGUCCUGGUUUACCCCUUUGCUUUCCCCUGUUGUCUCAGAAAGGAGACUGCACCAGUGGGUUAAACUUGCCAGAGGGAAGAGCCGUGUUACUGAAAAUGGUUGUGUUAACUACCCAUUUUUCCUACUCUCCCAGUGUGCAAGAAAAUACUCAACCAGCAAGUUGACCACAUUCUCCUUUCCCCAAGGAGCUGCUUCUAUAUGAGUAUAUUACACUGGAAGUUUCCCUUUCACAGGAUAGCGGGAACAAUGAUGGGUGACCUCGCAGGUCAGUCCAUUCUAACUUUCUCUGCCUGUAACUACAGUUAUGUCAGGGAGUUCUUUGGGGUUCUAAAAAGGCUUUUUCCUCGUGUGAAUUACAGAGGAGUAGCCUUGUUGGUCUUUUGUAGCAAAAUAAAAUGAAAGUCCAGUGGUACCGUCUUAAAGACUAACAGUGUUAUUUUAAGAAGAGCUUUCAUGGGUCAGAGCAAGUGAGCUCUGACUCAUAAGGUUCAUAUUGAAAUAAAUGCUGUUAGUCUUUAAGGAACCGCUGCACUUCUGUUUCAUUUUCUCAUGCGAACAGUCUUAACCUCCAGCCUUAGCAGCAAGUUCUAUGAAGUGAUAAGAAAGAAGUGGGCCUGUAUACUAAUGCCUGUAUAGGCUGAUGAUUUACACAGUUUCCUCUGCACACUUGACAUGGUAUGCAUGUAUUUUGUGCUUGGGUGUUGGUGUCUAAACACAACGUAAUGAGAGAAACUGCUUCAGCAGAGGGACCUGGCUAGGAAUUUAAGCACUAUGAUCAAGUGGACAAGUAAUGCAAAAACCAAUGCAAAAACCAGUCCCUAAUCUGUAUUUUCUCUUAGUGCACGAUGUUGCUUGCAGGCCAGAUAAAUAAUUUCCUCCCAAUCUAUAAAAGAAUUAGAUGCAACGCUGCAGUUCUUCAUUAUGGUAGAAUUAGCUGAUAGGAUGUAAAUGCUGAAGUUAAUAUUAAUUGCUAUUUGGCUAAUAGAUGUUGCACAGUGAUAUGCAAAAAGGCUGUAGACUAUGGGUAAAACUUUUCCCUUUAGAUAUCUCCUUCUUGAGAUAAUGGUUUGGGAAAACAGUAUCUUGGAAAUUAGAAAGCCUUCGUUUAUGACUGUAACUUAGAGACAGCCCCAUGAGGCACACACACAAGAGAUUGUUGUUCAUGUAUCACAGUUUCUCACUUUUUUUUCUUUACAGCAGCCCGCUUUUUCUGUGCAAGAAACCACUUUUGAAAGUGGCAAGAUUUUAAAAGGAAUUCAUUUGUCUGUGCACAUAAAUGCUAUUAAAAAAUAAAGAUGCCCUAUAAGUCCUACUUCACAUGUAGAGUGCACCAUGUGGCUUUUUGGACACUCGGCUACAUCUCUUAAGAAUUUGGUCUUAAAUCCCUGCUCAUAGCAAGUCUUUGAACCUUCUGAAAUGAGAAUGGGCACAACAGCCAUUAGAAGAUGGUCUUUCUCUGGAGCUCCCACUGCCCUAAGUCCCAGUUUGGGGACUUUUGAUUUUGAGGCACCAGUUUUCAAAAAGACUCACAUUGGCCCCCCCAAAUUUUUAAUAAAUAAAUAGUAGUAGAAGAAGUAUAAAGUUUUUAAUUGUAAGGUUUGUCUUCAGCUAAAUCAAGACUAAAACCAACUGUAUGUUGGCUCUUUUUUCUGAGCCCUGUUGUAAGUGAAUUAAUUCACUAAAUAUACAGCUGUUGGGAAUAACUGAAAUGAAAGAGCAGACGUCACCGAGUAUAUGUUAGGUUGUGACCCAGCGAAAUAGAUCACGUCUUUUUCUCAUGGCUCAUUGCGUAACAAUGAGCAGGUAUGGAUCGUAUGGUUAACGUUUGCCAGAAAACACUGGUUCUUGAGGUACUGAAUAGGACACUUCUUAUACUUGGAAUAGCACAGCAGUAUGAAACAAACAUAAAUUCAGGCUUUAAAGUGCAAUAGUUUAAAUGAAAUGAAAACCCCAUACAGAAGACAGUUGAAGUCAUCCAUAUAAUACCUAUAAUAUGAAUGGAUUAGGCUUUUAAGAAAAUAGGGUACAUGUUCUUAUUUACAAAAGGCUAUCUUGCUCUGUGAAAACUGUUUAUAUCAUUGAAUUGUUCAAUGAUCCGGGCCAUUAUCCUGAUAACACUUACAUGCAGUAGUUCCUUUCAGGAGGGCUACAGACAAGGGAAGUGAUUUCAGGAUAACGACCUCUGUGGGCCUUUCCCCCCCCCCGCCUUCCUCUUUUAACAUAAAUGCCCAUCAAUCCACAUCUUCCGUUCUUAACUUUUUCUUAAAGCUGAGAAUUCAAUCAUUUUAACAAAAUGCGGUCAACUCAUAUCUAGUCUGAGCCUCCUCCUUCAGCAGGAAGUGUAUUCUGACUAAAUCGAGCCACCCCGUUCUACGUGCACUGUUCUGCCUUUAUUCAGUUGCUUUGCAGCCCUGGGCCUCUUGGCAGUGCCACUGAAGUGUGGUUUCCCCUAGACUGACAUGAACGUUUGAGGCUUGACUAAGGAAAAAAAGGCAGUGAAGGAGACUGUACAUAAAGACAUGGCAAGAUAUUAAAUAUAGCAAUAUAGUUGUGCGUUCAGGUGGGCAGCUCCAUUUAAAAUAUGUGAAUGAACCUGUGAAGCUGCAAACA